AUGGCGCGUGGGUUAACAGUGUUCAUGCUGGCCGGUAGUUUGUUAGUUUCCGUUUCGGGGCUGCUCUCGGACGAGGCCUGUCCACAGGACGUGCAAGUAAAGCAGGGCUUUUCGCUGGCAGACUUUGCUGGCCGUUGGUACGAGAUCAAACGCUACGAGCAGUUCUACGAGAAGGACCUUGACUGCGUUGUGGCCGAGUACCAGCCGACCGGGAAGAAUACCAUCUCCGUGAAGAACGGUGCGUUUAGCUUAGCCAACAACACGCGGGUUGUUGCUGAUGGAACCGCCGUGCUUUCCUUCCCGGACGAUACGCAACAGCCGGGCAAGUUGAGUGUUGCCUUCUUUGGAGCGACGCCCGAUCGUAGCAACUACUGGGUGCUAGACACGGACUACACUUCCUACGGGGUUGUCUUCUCCUGUGAGCCUUUCUUCAAAGAUUCCUCCAAGAAUGUCCUGGGAUUCUGGAUUUUUUCACGCACACCCACCUUCCCGACCGACGAGACUGUGGUCAAGCGAGUGGAUGAGUUGGUCAAGAAGUACGGCGAUGCGUCCAAGUUCGAGGUACCAAACCAGUCGGAUGAACGAUGCCCUCGAUCGUAUUAAAACGAAGGAGUUGAAGUGAUCAAGGAGAAGAUUGUAUUCAAAAGACAAGGUUGCAUUUCACCCUAAGGAGAGCAAGCCACAUUAUUCUACCAAACGAGGUGCCGAAAAUAUGUGCAUCAACAAUAAAUCCCUUUUCUGACGGUUUAAGUGAACGUUGAAACAUACAUUUUAUCCCUUUAAUUA